ACACACAGCUGAAACCUGAAACUGAAACCCCUGCUUACUAGGGUUUUCGUCUCCACUCUCUCUCCUUCCCUGUGAACACCCACACCAUUAAAAUGCAAACUUUGAAUUAAAAGGAACAAAAAGAUGGCAUUUUGGUGCAGAAUCAACCGGUUCAAGCUCAAGCACCUUCCAAAUCAAAUUGUUCAAAGAUACUACCUUGGCAAUUCAAAUGCUUCACACACCAACCCAUGUGUUGCAGAAAAGCCUUAUUGGGUGAUUCACAGUGGACCCGUUAACUUUUGCAACAAUGUCAGGUUUUUUGCUGCACCAGUUCAGGCUGCAAAGAAGGAAAAGAGGGACACAAGUGGGCCGCGUUUGAAUGGCCAAAUCCAAGCCCCUUAUGUUAGGCUUGUGGCAGAGGAAGGGCUUAAAGAAUAUUUCAAAUUUGAGGAUGGUAAGACUGUAGUAGUCUCAAGACAGGAGGCACUGGAAUGUGGCAGGAAACUCAAGCUCGAUUUAGUGGAGGUUCAAAGAACUGCUAAUCCACCUGUCUGUAAACUCAUGGACUUCCAUAGAGAAAAGUACAAAAAACAAUUGAAGGAAAAAGACCGUGCUAAAAGCAAGUCUGAGGUGUCUUUGCGAAAAGGAGACUGCAAAGAAGUUCGAUUCUCAGGCAAAACUGAACUAAAGGACUUAAAGAUGAAAGCAGAUCAAAUUAAAAGACUGAUGGAGCGUGGUUACCGGGUGAAGUGCAGGGCUAUGGGUAAAGAAGAUCAGGACUUGGGUGGAUUGCUAUCUCGUGUCUCUGCUUUGAUUGAAGAUGUGUGUAUUGUAGAAAGUGGACCCUUGGUGAGAGAGACAGAGGCACAUGUGGUAGUCAGGCAUGUCAAAUUUGGCUUGCCCAAGAAAGGUGGGGGGAAAAAGUUGAAGGUUGUAGGAGAUACGAGAGCUAAGGUAGCCACCACUGCACUAGAAGCUGUCGAUUCUAUUGAUUCCACUGAAGAACUGAGUUCUGCUGAAUAUGACUCAGAAACUGAGGAAGAGAUCCUUUCUGAUGAAGUUGAACUUCCUAUUCCCUGUUCCAUGGAAAUUCCAGAUGAAAGUUUUGGAGACAAGAAGAAUGCUUGGUCAGUUGUUGAUGCUGGUGAUAAUUUUGAAGUAGUAUUCCGUCUUGGUGAUGAUGUGAAUGGAGUAACUUCCAGUUCGGAUAAACAGUUGAAGACUGCACAAGAAACAGCUUCUCCUUCAUCAAAUGUCAAUGUUUCAGACCUUUUGCACUCUAUGCCAGUAACCGAAUUUACAAGAGUAGAUCAAGUCCCAUCCUCCCCAUUCUCCCCACAAGGGCCUUCCACUGGGACUGAAAAAAUUCACAAAGGAAGUGAACCAAGGAAUCAGUUCCCACCUACGAAACCAAUAGAAAAUAGCGGUCCAGGAAUGAGGGACUCAGUGAGAUUCGAACCCCAAUUUCCAAAUUUAAGAAGGCAGACCCCAGUGGAUGUGAAAUUUUCACCUUCAGGGGCAGAAAGCAGGCAAGUUGGGACUGAUACUUCUGUAUUUCAAAACUCAAAGCUUCCUCCUAACAACAUGCCCAAGCAAGGACCAAGUCUUGGUGCUCCUAGUACCCCUGCACCUAGUUAUGGCAUUUUUAGUUCUCCAACUACACCCAGGGGACAAGGUGUACCAGCAGAAGUUCAUAGGAGCAGGGAAGGAAACCCUCAUGAUGCUGCCAGGAAUCCUGGCACAAUAGGGGUUUCACCAAAUGAGAACUUGCCCAAUUUGAAUUCUGAUGAUAGCCAAAGGCCAGGGCCUGACAAGGGUGGACAAAAGGCGUGGGGAGUAUUUAGUCGAGGGAGCUCGAAUACAAUGCCAAACAUGACAUCUAAGCCAAAUUAAAGGUGCAGAAAUAGUAUUUCCAUUAUAAUGAUUAUUUCAGUGAAUCAAUGAGCUCUUGCUCAUACCGUACUUCAUUCCCUUAUAAGUGCAAGGUGGGAGAUGAGAUCAUGGAUUGAAGACCUAUCCGAUGUGUGUGUAAUAUACUAAUAAAAACACUAAUAGGAAGAAAAGAAGAAGAUUAUUUCCGUAAAUAUUUGACUUACGGAGUCAAACAAGUUUUGGUGAUGAUUUUUAUGUGUCAUCUUGAGACGAAUAAAAGAUUGUAUUGCCUUUUUGUUAUGUACAACAAUUACUUGGAAUGCCUCAGCAAAAGUUAUUUUAAUGUAUUUGCAUAAUAUUGAUUCAUUCCUUUA